AUGAAUCCCAACGGCCUACCUGGGUUCGCUCUUCUGCUGUUAAGUUUAAUGUUGGGCUUUAACACAGCUUUGGAGUUUACCGGCUCUGAAGGUCAGUGGGCACGCUACCUCCGCUGGGAUGCUAGCUCCCAAAGCGACCUCACCUUCCAGUUCAAGACAUCGCAAUCGAACGGCCUGGUGAUCUACUUCGACGAUGGUGGAUACUGCGACUUCCUUCUGCUCACGUUAAACGAGGGGAAAAUGCAGCUCCAGUACAGCAUCGAUUGCGCCGAAACUACCAUUACCUCGGACAAAAUGGUGAACGACAGUCGCUGGCAUUUCGCUGCUAUCAAUCGAUACAACUUGCGGACUGGUUUGGCCAUAGACGGUCAGACCAAAACCGAGGAAGUGCGCCCUCAAAGGCAGUUCAUGAAAAUCGUCAGCGACCUGUUUAUCGGAGGUUUACCGGGGGACAUACGCACUUCGGCCAUCACCUUACCCUCUGUCCGGGAGCUGCCGCCUUUCAAGGGAAUUAUCACCGAUUUGAGUUAUGGAAGUAAGCUCCCCAGGCUGAUAAAUAGUCAGAAGGUGCGCUUGGAGAUGAUAGGGUUAUGCACGGAGAACCCCUGCGAGAACGGUGGAAUCUGUUCCCUGGCAGAUGGAGAAGCCUACUGCGACUGCUCCAAAACUGGAUAUGUAGGUCGAUACUGUACCGAAGCUGUCCAGAGGAGACCAGGCCUGGCACACCUGAAGGCGGAACAAGGCAGAGGCAAAGCAAGAGAAGAAAACGUUGCCACCUUCCGCGGGUCCGAAUACUUCUGUUACGACCUGUCCCAGAACCCCAUCCAGAGCAGCAGUGACGAGAUAACUUUGUCCUUCAAAACCUGGCAACGCAACGGCCUCCUGCUCCACACUGGGAAAUCCGCCGACUACGUCAACCUGGCGCUCAAAGACGGAGCAGUUUCCCUUGUCAUCAACCUGGGCUCCGGGGCGUUCGAAGCCAUCGUGGAGCCAGUCAAUGGAAAAUUCAAUGAUAACUCCUGGCACGACAUCAAAGUGACCCGCAAUCUCCGACAGCAAUCAGGCAUUGGACACGCUAUGGUAAACAAACUACAUUGUCUGGUGACUAUCUCAGUGGAUGGCAUCCUCACCACCACCGGGUAUACCCAGGAAGACUACACCAUGCUGGGCUCGGAUGAUUUCUUCUACGUGGGUGGGAGCCCGAGCACAGCAGACCUACCGGGAUCUCCAGUCAGCAACAAUUUCAUGGGCUGCCUAAGAGAGGUGGUGUACAAGAACAACGACAUCCGCCUGGAGCUGUCUCGUCUGGCCCGCAUCGUCGACCCCAAAAUGAAACUUCAGGGCGACAUUGUCUUUAAGUGCGAGAACGUUCCCACUUUGGACCCCAUCAGCUUCGAGAGUCCGGAGUCUUCGUUGUCUCUGCCCAAGUGGAACACCAAACGAGUGGGAUCGAUCUCUUUCGACUUCCGCACCUCCGAACCCAACGGGCUCAUCCUCUUCACCCAGGGCAAAGCUCAGGACAGGAGGGACGCCAAAGGUCAGAAGAACACCAAGGUGGACUUCUUCGCCGUGGAGUUGUUGGACGGAGGGUUGUUCCUGCUGCUGGAUAUGGGCUCUGGGACCAUCAAAGUGAAAGCGACGCAGGCAAAGGUCAACGAUGGGAACUGGCACCACGUGGACAUCCAGAGAGACGGGAGAUCAGGCAUUAUUUCUGUAAACAGCCGCCGCACGCCCUUCACAGCCUCCGGUGAGAACGAGAUCCUGGACCUGGAGGGGGAUCUUUAUCUGGGCGGUUUACCCGAUAACCGCGUGGGCCUGGUACUCCCGACCGAGCUGUGGACCGCCAUGCUCAACUACGGCUACGUGGGCUGCAUCCGCGAUCUCUUCAUCGACGGACGUAGCAAGGACAUCCGGCAGAUCGCGCAGGCCCAAAACGUGACCGGAAUCAAGCCGACGUGCACCAAAGUCAGCGGGAAAAUGUGCGACAGUAACCCAUGCAAAAACAACGGCCAGUGUAAGGAAGGUUGGAAUCGCUAUGUGUGUGAUUGCACCGGGACCGGCUACUGGGACAGCACUUGUGAGAAAGAGUCGUCCACCCUGUCCUUCGACGGCAGCAUGUACAUGAAGGUGGUGAUCCCUCACGUGAUGCACACUGAGGCCGAGGACGUCUCCCUGCGCUUCAUGUCCCAGCGUGCAUUCGGGCUCCUGAUGGCCGCCACGUCCCGGGACUCUGCUGACACUCUGCGGCUGGAGCUGGACAGCGGGCGGGUCAAACUCACCGUCAACCUGGACUGUGUCAGGAUAAACUGUAACUCCAGCAAAGGCCCUGAGGUGCUUUAUGCCGGGCAGAAACUCAACGAUAACGAGUGGCACUCUGUGAGGGUGCUGCGCCGUGGGAAGAACUUCAAACUCACUGUGGACGACGACAUGGCAGAAGGUCAAAUGGCGGGUGAUCACACUCGCCUGGAGUUCAACAACGUGGAGUUAGGAAUCCUGACAGAAAAACGCUUUAUCUCGUCUACACCCUCUCCUUUCAUUGGACACCUUCAGAGCCUGAAGUUCAACGGCAUGCAGUACAUCGACAUGUGUAAGAACGGAGACAUCGACUUCUGUGAACUCAACGCUCGGUUCGGCAUGCGCGCCAUCAUCGCUGACCCCGUGACCUUUAAGACCAAGGGCAGCUACCUGGGCCUGGCCACGCUGCAGGCCUACACCACCAUGCACCUGUUCUUCCAGUUCAAAACCACCUCCUCCGACGGCUUCAUCAUCUUCAACAGCGGAGACGGGAAUGAUUUCAUCGCCGUAGAGCUGGUCAAAGGAUUCAUCCACUACGUGUUUGACCUGGGCAACGGUCCGAGUCUGCUGAAGGGGAACAGCGACAGCCCUCUCAACGAUAACCAGUGGCACAAUGUGGUCAUCACCCGAGAUGCCUCCAACACCCACACGCUCAAAGUGGACGCCAAAUCUGUCACUCAGAACGUGAACGGGGCCAAGAACCUCGACCUCAAAGGCGACUUGUUCAUUGGCGGCUUGGGACCCAACAUGUACCACAACCUGCCCAAGCUGGUGGUGUCCCGUGAGGGCUUCCAGGGAUGCUUGGCCUCGGUCGACCUCAACGGAAGACUGCCGGACCUCAUCAGUGACGCCCUCUUCCGCAGCGGGCAGAUCGAGAGGGGCUGUGAAGUUGGUUUCACCAAAGCCAACCUUCAAGGCCCCAGUACCACGUGCCAGGAGGACUCUUGUGCCAACAUGGGCGUGUGCAUCCAACAGUGGGAGAACUUCACCUGCGACUGCACCAUGACCUCCUACACGGGCACACACUGCAACGACCCCGGCACCACCUACAUCUUCGGAAAGGGCGGGGGUCUCAUCACUUACACGUGGCCCAACAACGAGAGGCCGAGCACGAGAACGGACCGCCUGGCCGUGGGUUUCAGCACCACCAUUAAAGACGGCAUCCUGGUUCGCAUAGACUCCGCCCCCCGCCUCGGAGACUACAUCAUGCUGCACAUUGAACAAGGCAAAGUGGGCGUUACCUUCAACAUCGGCACAGUGGACAUCAGUGUGAGGGAGGACAUCGCCGUGAAUGAUGGGAAAUACCACUUGGUCCGAUUCACCAGGAACGGAGGCAACGCCACUCUGCAGGUCGACAACUGGCCCGUCAAUGAGCACUUCCCCUCAGGCAACAGCGACAUUGAGCGCUAUCAAAUGGCAAAUAAGAAAAUCCCGUUCAAAUAUACCCGGCCAGUAGAAGAUUGGCUUCAGGAGAAAGGCCGACAGCUGACAAUCUUCAACACCCAGGCCACCAUCUCCAUCGGGGGCAAUGACAGGAAGCGGCCCUACCAGGGUCAGCUCUCCGGCCUCUACUACAACGGCCUCAAGGUCCUCAACAUGGCCGCCGAAGGACACGUCAACAUCAAGGUGAACGGGAGCGUGCGAUUGGUCGGAGACGUGCCUACGAGCAAGGGAGCGGCGCGAACCACCACCUCAGUGCCCCCGGAAAUGUCCACCACCUUCAUAGAGACGACGACCACACUGUCGACCACCACCACGAGGAAACAGCGCUCUCCACCCACUAUUCAGACGACAGACGACAUCGUUUCUUCGGCGGAGUGCUCGAGUGACGAUGAGGACUUGGAUGAGUGCGACUCAGGACAUGCAGGAGGGGAGCUAGUGAUCCCCGUGCUAGUUGAGGACCCCAUAGACAUCCCUUCUGUAUCCACCCGCUCUCCCUUCAUCCCCCUCCCCCCGACCCUCCGCCCCGUCCUCACCAUGGCAACUGAGGCGGGGGUCCCUUGCUUGUCGGACCGAGGCGGCGAUGAUUGUGAUGAUGGUGAUGGUGAUAUUGAUGGUGAUGAUGGCAUGGUGAUUUCGGGGUUUGGCUCUGGCGAGGCUUUCGACUCUAGCCUGCCCCCGACUGACGAUGAAGAUUUUUACACCACCUUCUCCCUGGUAACAGAUAAGAUCUUGACCACGUCGGCCUAUGAAGGCGGCUACAAAGCUAUCGCGCCCAAGUGGGAGUCCAAGGACUUGAGGCCUAGCAAAGCCUCUGAGGCAGGUAGGACUACAUCCACCUCUCCUGUCCUCGGCCCCCGCGGCACUCCGGCGGUCCCCUCGGACACGCCCCCAAAGCUGCCCGCGGGGAAAAUGAACAAUCGCGAAGUCAAACCGCCGCAGCCGGACAUAGUUCUGUUGCCCCUGCCGACGGCCUUCGACGGGGACGGCACCAAACCGCGGGGGCCCUUCAUCACGUCGCCCAUGUUGCGUACGGUACCCGCGGCACUGCCCACCGUGCCUGGCAUCGUGCGGCGCGUUCCUCCUGGAGCCUCCGAGGUGAUCCGGGAGUCCAGCAGUACCACGGGCAUGGUGGUGGGCAUCGUUUCGGCCGCCGCCCUCUGCAUCCUUAUCUUGCUCUACGCCAUGUACAAGUAUAGGAACAGAGACGAGGGUUCCUACCAGGUGGACGAAACCCGCAACUACAUCAGCAAUUCGGCGCAAACCAACGGUGCUGUGGUGAAGGAGAAAGCACCCAGCGGUAGCGCCAAAGCUAGCGGCAGUAGCAAGAGACCGAAAGACAAGGACAAGGAAUAUUAUGUAUAGAAAAUUUAGUCAUUUACAACACACAAAAACUGGAGAUGUAUAAACUUUUUAGACAGUACCAUAUUGGCAACUGUGAUUAAAAAAGAAAGAGAUCUCCUGAACUGGACUAAAAGAACUCUGGUGUUCCUGGAAGCACACUAUUGUAACCAUUAUGGACAAAUAAACGCAGUGCAAAUCUAGCGGGACUCGAAAGGACUUUUUUAAGGAGUCCCCCUCUGAAAACAUUUAGUAGUGUGAAUAAAACAUCACUGUUGACAUCCACGCAACCCUCUUAACGUGACUGUGCGAGGCGCGCGACCCUCGGAGUUCUGAAAACAACCCUGUCCAUUGUUAACCCUGUAAAAUACGACCAGUGUCAUUGGGCCAUUUUGAGCUUGCAUGUGAGGUGUAUGUGACGUGGUGCCGGCAUCUGUGUAAGUGAGGGACCUCAAGAAACAAUGAUUGUAAGGGGAAGGUUGGAAGUCAUAAAGAAGAGCCUGCAAACGGUUUAAUUUAAUGUAGCUAACACAGAUGACAAUGGAGGUUUAUGUGUAUUUAAAUUAGUCUGAUUUCUUUUUUUUUUUACGUUUGAAUUUUGUUUCGUUUUUUCAAGAUAAUGGUGGGUUGCCAUGACGACCCAAGGGUAGAUCGCUCCCUUAUGUUUCCCAAUGUGUAAUUCUCCUUCUCUGAUGAACUAAGCUAUGUUCACAUGCAAGCAGGUAUUUUGGCCAUUUGGGCUU